UGCAACUCCAACAGUUACUUCGUACCAGCUUCAUUUUGGAAAAAAAAAAUGUUUCUUUUCACACUUCUGCUGUUUUCUUACCCUCAAAUCUCUCAACAGAUUCAGAAUGCGACUGCAGACUGCAGAGAGAUCCUUUCCAACCCCAAGCUCACACCUCUUCAUGGUACUUUGGAAGUAGUGAUGAACCAGAACGUAAGCCUCUCUUGUCACUCAGACUCUGGAUCUCCUCCUGUCAGAUAUACACUAUUUAAACACAGUCAGAAGGUGUCUGCCUUAAAUAAGACAGACUUGACUCCAGCUUUGUUUAACUUAACUAUCAAUUCUGCCAGCGAUGUGGGUGAAUACAAGUGCAAAGCUGAGAAUGAAAUCUCCAAUGGUGAAAAAUACAGCAGAAGUCUCAACUUCACACUUAAAGAGCCAGUUUCCAAACCAGUGCUGAGCUCACCCAAUUCUCAAGCAAAGGAAGGUCAAAACGUGACCUUGUCUUGUCUCUCAGAGAAAGGCUCUCUCCCUAUCACAUACACAUUCUUCAAAGAUAGACAGAGCAUCCAAGCCCCGGUGAAGAUGCAGAAGAGGGAAGCAGCAGUGAUUUCCGUACUUAUCAAAUCCUCUAGUGACUUUGGAAUGUAUAAAUGCAAAGCUGAAAAUCGCCUUCGCAAUAAUACAAAAUACAGCAACAGUUUCAAUUUCACAUUAGCAGAGGAGAGAAGCAAUUCUCAACCCCUGAUCAUUUCCCUUGGACUGAUCUUACUACUGUUAGCAAUAGGACUUGCUCUGGCAAUUCCAUUUUUCAUAAUCCCUUCAUAUAAAGCAAAAAAAUUUACACCUCCUCGGUUCUCAACUGGCCAUAUUUCAACAGAGAAAGUAGAAGAGUCAGAAGACUACGUCACAUACGCAGAGAUUGAGCCAGUUCAACCAGAAGAAGAAUAUGUCAACCUCUCUGUUAUAAGAAGAGAUGAACAAGAGAACAGAGCACGUGCUACAAUCUAUACAAAGGUCCUCAUCAGAGAUGGAGCACAAGCUGGACCACUCCAUUCUCCAGAGUAGAAUCACUUAUCAAGACCAUGAAGAGAACACUCAUCUCAUCAUACCUGCAAAGAAAAGAUCACAUCCACGACUGCUUCUGAUGUAUGAAAUCGCAGAUAAAUUACGUGUCAUAACCUGAAUGUAUUUAUUUUGGCUAUGAUGCACUAAGCUCAGUGCCAAGACACUCAUUUUCUUAUGAACAUUCCUGAACAUUCCUGACUACAUUUCUUUAAAUUAUUACAUUACUUUAGAGCAUUAAUUGUUAUUUAAUGACCUAUUAUAAGAGUAUUUUUAUAGAAGUGAUUAUUCUGUUAUUUAAUAGCCAGACUUUGAAGACUGUACAUGAACCAAUCAUUAUAUCUGUUUUUCAUGCAUAUUUUCUCUGUGGAAAAGAAAUUAUUCAUCAAUAUGCUCAUGAUCAAUGGGUACGAGCUCAAAAUGUACUGCUGAUACACAAAUCAUGUAGGAAGAGUUCAACUGGAAUACUGGUUUUUAUUUGCUGAAAUAACUCCUGCACAUACAUCAUUUAGGCUUGAGGAACUUUUAAGUUCAGAACUGGGCACAGCGUGCCAGCUGAAGCAGUACUUAAGAAUAGAACACAGAACUGGCCCAGAUGCAAAAAAAGAGGAAGACAGUUUUGCAAGUUUAUGACUCGUCUUAAGAAAUUUACUUUCAUAGGAGAGUCUCUAACAGAGAUCUCACAAUUCAAACAACAACCCUGGAAAAAGUGUGGAAGGCUAAUGUUUCAUUCAAUUCUUAAAAUGAACAGGCAUUGCUCCUUCUAAUAAAAAUCAAUAGAAUCUGAGUUUAUAGACCA